GUCGAGAACCAGCACUGCUGCGGGGAGUGGGUGGAGAAGAAGCGGAGGGCUGGUGGGUCCCCCUGGAGAGCUGCAGCCGACCCACCAAGGCCCAGGGGCCUGGCACAAUGACCCGAGCCUUGCCCAUGUGGAGGGUGAGUGGACCUCUCUUGUGCAGGGGCAGACCUGCUGAGACCAACGGAGCUGCCUCUUGGUCUGUUUUCUGUGCCCUUCUGGGUGUGGCGAUGGCAUUAGAAUAAGAGUCUGCCAGCGCUGGGCUCUGUGCCAUGUCAGGUUUGUCGGCUUCUGUGUGCAAGGUGGGCUUCUCUGCAUCACAGGCCCGAGUCUCCACAAAGCCUGGCUGUGUUCAAGAGCCAGCCCUCUACAUCCUGGUGGGUCAGGCCAAAGGCCCGUCCAGUCCAGACUCCCAGUUGCCUUUUCGCGGAAUUGGAAAGGAUUAAAACUCAAAUAAAGAAUUCAGGGCACAAUCCAGUUUCUUUCCAGUGCUACUGUUCUGUCUUGGACUUUUCAGGCCGGGAAAAAUAGGGAAAUCUUAGGAGAGAAUAUGUCUGUGUCUGCAGGGCCUUUGUGGAGGGGAGCAGCAGGACCCUUUUUAAGAGCAGGUGUGGAGAUAAGGUGCCUCCCCAUGCUGAAAACUUGGUGGGGGGAGAGAAGAGCCAGGUAGGGGUGCCCGUCCCGUCCCGUCCCAUUGGCCAGCAAACAUUCUGGGGGCAUUGUGAUGUCACAGUUGGCCCCAGCAUCGCUUGCAGGGUCCAGCCUGGCUGGGCCCAGCCAAUUUCCCCUUAGCCCAAGCUCCUUGGUGGGUGUGACGCAUUCGGGAAGCCUCCCAGUUAUGCUGCUGACUUGUCUGGGUGGCGUCCUGUUCUCCAUAAGCAUUUUUGCUGCAUUUUCACGUGAGGAAUUUCCCGAUGAUGACGGAGAAGACUAUGACGACAGCCCCACGGACCAGUCCAUGCCAGAUGCCUACGAUGAGGAAGACGAGGAAGAUGACCGCGUGAAGAAGGUCGUCCGAAGGGCAGUGAGGAGGUACCCAGAAGAAUCUCAACUGGUGCUGCCGGGGAACCGACAGGUCUCCAUUCCAUUGGCGCGGACGGUGUGCGAAUGCCCAGAGGUGCUGAGCAAAGGGACGCUGGGGGCCAUCGUGGCAGCCCUGGCCUUCCUGGGCUUCUUCUCCACCUCGAUGCUGCUGGUGGUGAUCAUCUGGGUCAUGCGGAUGGCUGAGAAGCAAAAGAAAACGCCAAACUCUCAUGCCACGAGGCCUCUCCCUCCCGUCCCGCCUCCCCGCCCAGAGCACACGUACCUGGUCCCCAAACGUUCUUCUCGUGUGUAUGCAACGGUACAUCCAGGCCCACCAGCUGCAGAGGGGGAAUAUCUUAACGCCAAUGAAAUAAACCCGGGUCCCAGACUCUAUCAGCCCAAACGUUACGGGAAUGUUGACCAGACGCCACCGGAACUCAGAACCACUCCAGAUGACGAUUAUGUGUGCCCUAUUAUGGCCUCUCCGCCCCGUGGCUCUCCGCCCCGUGGCUCUCCGUCCCUUAGCUCUCCGCUCCGUGGAUCUCCGCCCCGCGGGUCUCCUCCCCGCGAAUCUCCGCCCCGUGGCUCACCACUGUUCAUGACGCCCCCUGUUACCACCCCUCCUGUUCCGACCUACGUAAGCCUGGAGCCGCAGUCUGGGCCGACUGGAUCGACUCCAGAACUCCUUUCCCCUUCUUCAGGUGCCCAGCGGAUAAAGAGAGGAUCUGAUGACCAUAUUUACGAAGAAGUGAACUGAGACACUUGAGACAGAGCAUCCUCUUGCGAGAACUUUGCCAUGGACACCUUGCGCUAGGAGUUAUCUUCAGCGCUUCAAGUGCCGGCUGGAGAAGCUCUAGGCCUUUGUAUUAAAGCGCAAUUUUAGUUUC